UCCAACCGUUAUCGUUAUGUCUAAAUAAACAAACCGUUUCCAAACCAGCGCCUUUGGCAGACCACUUUAUCUGUCUUGGAGAGUGGCACGGUUGAGGCGUAACAUUUUGAAAGGUUGUGUUCUUGCAGAUAGAAAGCGGGGAGUGUUUAAGUAGGUUUAAAGCAACAACGCGCGUUCUAAAGUGGAGGAUAAAACAACCGUAAAAUUUUGUUUUCGAAGGAACCAUUGGAGUACAUUGUGACCGGCAAUACACCAUUCAACUCCAACCUCUGAUGCGAAGGCUCCAUGGCAUAAACCCUGUCCUCAGAUUCAGCUGGUCCCUGGGAAGAGCUGCCGAGGAACUCACUACUCUGACGCCCCGCUGCCAUUUUCCACAGCCUGAGGGGAACCAGGAAGCAGCCGGCAGGAGCCAUGCCUGCCCUGGCCACCGGAGCCGGCCACGAGCCAGGUCUGUACGAGCUGCUGGCUGCUCUGCCCUCUCAGCUGCAGCCCCAUGUCAGCCGCCCUGAGGACAACAUCUUCCUCAAGGACAUGUUUGGGGAGAGAAGCCUCCAAUCGCUGAUCAAGAUCCACGAACAGCUGCAGCUCUACGAAGAGAGCAAACCUGUCCCGGUCCUGGACAGCGCUACAGCUCUGGUCCAUGAAUUGUCCGAGGAACUGGAAGGGAAAUCUGCCAAUGGAGAAAUUAAAGAGCUUCUCAAACUGCUGGCCAAACCCCACGUAAAGAGCCUCCUGUCGGUUCAUGACACUAUCGCCCAGAAGAAUUACGACCCCGAACUACCUCCGCUGCCUGAUGACAUUGACGACGAUGAGGAUUCUGUGAAAAUCAUUAGACUGGUCAAAAACAAGGAACCUCUCGGAGCAACGAUAAGGCGUGAUGAUCACACAGGAGCCAUCCUGGUGGCUCGGAUAAUGAGAGGAGGGGCAGCCGACAGAAGCGGACUGAUUCAUGUUGGAGAUGAACUGAGGGAGGUCAAUGGAAUCCCUGUGGAUGACAAGAAGCCAGAGGAAAUUAUUCGUAUUCUGGCCCAGUCGCAAGGAGCCAUUACAUUCAAAGUUGUCCCCGCCAUCAAGGACGAGGUGCCAAGCAAGGAGCAAAAGGUGUUUGUGAAGGCACUCUUUGACUACAACCCAAAAGAGGACAAAGCCAUCCCAUGUAAGGAGGCUGGACUGGCGUUCAAGAAGGGCGCCAUCCUUCAGAUCAUGAGUCAAGAUGAUGCAACGUGGUGGCAGGCCAAACAUGAGGGGGAAGCCAAUCCACGUGCCGGCUUAAUCCCAUCCAAACAGUUCCAGGAGCGGAGAUUUGCACUACGGCGACCUGUUGCGACUCUCCUGCCCCAGAAGACUUCUAGCCGGCGAUCAUAUGAUGUGGCUGUAGAGUUUGCUGAGGAGAUCGAAGAGGACGCUGACUAUAGUAGCGGAUUCCACCUAGCUGGGUUCAGGAGAAGCUUCCGUCUGAGCAGGAAGGACAAGAAGACCAACAAGUCCAUGUACGAGUGUAAGAAGAGUGAAAUGUACGACAUGGCCGACGUUCCCACGUACGAGGAGGUCACCCCGUACCGCAGGCAGAGUGGGGCUAAACACAGCCUGGUGAUCCUAGUAGGACCCGCGGGAGUCGGCUUGAAUGAGCUCAAGAGGAAACUGUUGAUCUCAGACCCCCAGCACUUCAAUGUGACCAUCCCACACACCAGUCGGGCCAAGAAGAACCAGGAGAGCGACGGCGUGGAAUACCACUUCAUCUCCAAACAUCUCUUCGAGACAGAUAUCCACAAUAACAAGUUCAUCGAGUACGGCGAGUACAAAGGGAAUUACUACGGGACAAGUCUAGACUCGAUACGCUCCGUCCUCUCCAAGAACAAAGUGUGCCUGUUGGAUGUCCAGCCUCAUACCAUAAAGCACCUGCGGACGGCAGAGUUUAAACCCUUUGUAGUGUUUGUGAAGCCUCCGACGAUCGAGAGAUUGAGGGAGACCAGACAAGCCGCCAAAAUCAUAUCGGGCAAGGACGACAAAGGAUCUGCCAAGCCUUUCACGGAAGAGGACUUCGAGGAGAUGUUGAAAAGUGCCCAGAUGCUGGAGACUCAACAUGGCCACCUGUUCGAGAAGGUCAUAGUCAACGACGACCUCUCGGCGGCCUUCAGCGAGAUGCGGUUGGCGCUAAAGAAAGUGGAGACGGAGACUCACUGGGUUCCGGUCAGCUGGACUCACUCCUGAGAUCCACACUGACCAUACAAGGAGAAAAAGGGGAAGGCUUUUGACAAUAAUACGCAGUUUUUUUUUAAUCUUUCUAUGUCUGCUGUGGCUGGGGUUGGGAGAAUAACGGGAAUAAAAGGAGACAGCGCCUGGCUGCUGUGCCGCCAUACCUGAGCAGCACAGAGCUAAAAAUAAGCUUUUUGCCUGAGAUCAAUCUGGAUUUAGACUUCAGCUGUGGUCUGGAUGUGGAUCUCCAGGUCUGACCAGUUCUGACAGGGCUGAGGGUAAGGGCGUCUGUCCAGAAUAUGGGCCUUGGACAUUGAUCUGUGACUCAGUCUGUGCCACACAACCAUGACCAUGAGUUGGAGCUGAAUGUAGAACGAGCUUGUACCAGCGGUCCUGCCAGCACAUCAGCAACCGCGCCAACCAGGACUCCGUCUUUUAGUGUGUUUAUAACAUUAGACCAUUAGAAACCAAAGGGAUUGACGCAUUUCUCCCUGUUGGACAACUUACAUGCAUUAUGUCUGUAGAGGAACACAAGCUCUGAAGGGAAAAGAGCGAGAAAAGGAAAACAUUUGCCUUCUGUCUUUACUAUAUUUCUGUGCUUCUAUAAUGCUUCCAUGACUGUUAGUCCAAACAUAACAUGAUCAGGUACUUUUUCAAGAAAGGGAAGUAAGUGUCAUUUUUAUUUAAGAGAAAUUAAUAUAUUUUCUAAUAUCCUCCGGUUGUUUUUUUUGCAUACCUUUUUAUAUACAAAUCUUUUAAAGCAACCUAUAAGCUCACUCUCUGACAGCUUUUUCUUCUUUUUUUUUUACACCAGAGGCGUAUCAUAUUUCAGUCAAGUGUUUUGAUUUCAUUACACUUGUCUACAUUUUCCCCCUUCAAAGCACAUACAGAGCCAUUUCAUUUAGGUGUUAUUCCAUUUCAGAGCAUUUUGCAAAGCCACUCUUCACAUGAAGGUGCCCAGCAUAACAGCUUUGCCAUUUAAAGUCCCAGAACUGGACACUUUUGGCUGUCUGCUAGAAGAAAAAUGGUUACAAUUGUGUUUUAUUAGGGUGGAGUCUUUAUUUUUAUUCACAUAAAAAAUGGCUUCAGCAAGGCUGCUAAUAGAAGGUCCACAGCACACUUCCAGCGUUUUAACUAUAUGCUAAGUAAGCCUAGCUGCUCCCGACUUGAUGAUCAUUAGAAGUUUAUUGCUAAUUUGAGUCUCCUAUUCCCAGUCUAAAUUAUUCUCUUUUUUUUUACUCGGAGCUUCUCUUUUUUUCUUUUACUUCAAAUGGAUUUUCAAAGCAGCUAGUCACUAGUCCUGGCUGUAUUAUUAUCAUCAUUAACAUGUUACAGCCCUGGUAGCUUCUUGGUUUGUUACUGUAGUAAAAAACCUGAUAAAGAGCAAUAAUUUAUACUUUAAAGGAUUUCAAGUUUGGUUUCUUGCCGAAAGUGAGAUAAGAAGAUCGAUACCACUUUAAUGUCUGUAUAUUAUUUAUGGAGCUAGAGCAAAGAGGCGAUUAUCUUAGCUUAGCUUAGCGCUUAGCUUAGCAUAAAGACUGAAAACAGAGGGUAACAGGUAGUCUGUCCAAAGUUCAGAAAGAAGCAGCACCUCUAAAGUUGUGGUUUUAUGAACCUGUUUCUGUUUGUGAACAAGAUAUUUGUUCAUUUUUAGGGUUUAAAGGUGCUGCUACACAUAUUUGUCAUGCUUUGUCUGUAUGCUAAGCUAAGCUAAUUACCAUCUGGCUCUGGCUCCAUACUUCACACUCAGACAUGAGAGUGGUAUCGAUCUUCUUGUUUAACUCUUGGCAAGAAAGCCAAUGAGCGUAUUUUUCACAAAAACUAAAACUCGUCCUGUAAUUAUAUUGUUUGAACAAUUGGCAUUCAUUCUGUACAAAUAAUAUUUGUCUCAUACACUAGCUGUAUGUCUAACUCAGGUUGCAUUGCCCAGGUUUCUUUAUGUUUGUCUAUUCUACCUUUUCCACCUACUAUACUAUUUAUAUAUUUGAUUUGUGUCCAUUUAAAAAAAGGGUAAUAUCAGUGUUCAGUAAUGAUAACACAUUUUAAAGGGCUUUUAACACCUAACCCUAACCCUCACUUUGCCCCUAGUCACAUUAAUUUCCCUUUUUAUAUAUUACUUUACGUGUUCACCUUUUCAUAUCUUAGCCCUCUGCCAUCUAUUUUAUUGAUCAGAAUCAGAUUUGUACAGUCACCAGAAAAUAUUUUUAAUUUCUUGCUGUAAAUGAAAUGCUGUUGUAUGAAUUUGCAUUAUUCUUGCUACAUUUUAUAUUAAAGAAAAUCCAACUAAACUUGUAUUUGUAAGGUGUUCAAUGAAAAGAGUGAGAGCAGUGAAGUGGAAAAAUAUUCCUGUGUGUCUGGGAUUUGUGCCAUUGAGUGCCAUUCACAUCUCUCUUUGUUCGGUUUUGGGAAGAAUAUUCCAGCCACAUCUUUCAGCCGCUGCCACAGAAGUUCGCUCCGGAGUGCACAGUUGUGUAAACAGAACUGACACCAUUCAUCUUGGUAAAUAACAGCGCUAGAGAGAAAGUAAAUGUCAAUUUCUGAAUUUGAGUACUUUUUCCCCACACUGCAAUCACCUUUUUACUUAUUGAAUUUGAAACGGUUAUUUGGCUUC